AUGGGGAACACGUUGUCUUCGGAUACUUUGCCGGUGCUGUGCACCAUGGUUGAUGUACACAACCCCAAAGCGCAGGAUAUGUUCUACUUUUGCAACGUUAGCAGCGGAGGAGCAGCCACGAAAGUCAUUGGCAGAUCCCAGACGCUAAGUGUCGAGGUGAGCAUCAACACAGUUCUGAGCUUCACGGUCUACGAGUGUCCUGAGCCGGUGUUCACUCCCGAGACAGCUCGCUGCCUGGGAUUGUUGCGUGUGCCUGUUGAGCGUUUGGCCGAACGUUACUCCUCUGGUGCCUUGAAGGGUGGCACUAGUGAUCUCCUGGGAUGA